CGCCCCUUCAUCGCCUGUCUGAACGUCGCGGAAAAAAAGCAGCAUCGGCUGCCGUUGGGGGAAGAGAGUAAAUAGAGAGAGAAGCCUCAAGAUGGCUGACUCGCAGGGCAGUAUUCACCUCUCUGGAGCUGCCUCUCUUGCUACUACUCCUACUGUAACCUCCGUUCAAAGCGCGCUCGGCAAGCCGACCGAGGCGAAAGGAACCCUUGACAACCACUCCCAGUCUUCUCGUGAUUUCAACCAGCCGCCGCCGCCCAAGAAGGUCCGAGUCGAAGAGAGGAGCGUUAAACCCAAGAAACUCAACAGGGACGGAGGAGUGGGAGGCAACGGUAGCGGUAAAGAGAAACUCCAGCAGCACACGAAGCUGCAGAGUUAUGGGAACAGCUCGGGCUUGUGGAGCUGUAGUCCGGUUAAGACGGCCACCAGCAGCAGCAACAACAACCCGUCUUCGGUGGGUGCUACUGGUGGGUCCCAGACACCGAUAACCCAUCACAAAGUCUUUAAACAGAGCGAUUUCUUCCUCCAUAAGGCACCUUCUUCCUCCAAAUCCAAGAAACUAAGUAAGGAUAAACAGCGAGAGAAAGAGAGGGAAAAGGGGAAAGGAGGCGGAGAGGAGAAAAAGAAACAUAAACUGUUGUUGACCUCCGGAUCUGGGACUACUGUUAAUAACGACGUCGGUAAAUUUAAUAACAUUUCUGCAGCGAAGAAAGAAAAUGGAGAUGUCACGUUGCCACCAAAAGAUCACUCCACCAAGGACAAGGCGAAGGAGAGGGAGCGAGAGGAGAGGGAGAAGAAGAAGGUCAAAGAGCGAGAGAAAGAAAAGGAGAAGAAGAAGCACAAAGUGAUGAAUGAGAUCAAGAGGGAGAAUGGAGAAGUCAAGCAGCCGAUUAAAGAUGACAAAGAGAAAGCCAAGAUCAACUCAGAGGAGCUGCAAAUCAAAAAAGUGAAGAAGAAAAAGAAGAAGAAACACAAAGAAGGGGAGAAGCACAAGCACGUGAAGAUGUACCACCGGUCCUGCCAAACCAUCUGUGCUGGCCUGCUUCUCCUCCCUCCCUCCUCCACGUCCCCCACCUCGUCUUCCUCCCCCUCUGAAAUAAAACACGACUCCUCCCUAUCUUUAUUUAAGUCCCCUCUACCUGUUUAUCCUCCACCUAACAACAAAAGCUCCCAUCUCCCGCCCUCCUCUCCUUCGAAAUCUCACCUGAACUCUCUUCACAACUCACUUAACUCUCCGUUGCCGUCCACCACGUCACCUCUUUCCUCCCCAACCAAACACCAACCGCAAUGCUCGUAUCCCGGUAUGGCGGAUCUGGAGUUUGCCUCGUACAUUCACGUAGAAAACCAGCCUAACGGAGGCGCCUUAGUGGCUCACGCCUACACGUCGCAGCUCUCCUCUCUCUCAGUGGACCAGAGGGAAAGGUUUGCUCAGGAGUUUGUCACGUUGGUGUUCAGUGAGGACGCGUCCCAGGCUGCUCGUUAUGUCAUGGGAAUCGUCCACGGAGAAGCCAAGUACCUGCCGGACUUUUUGGACUACUUCUCAACCAAGUUUCCGUCGGCUCCGGUGAAAAUGGAAAUAAUUGGAAAGAAAGACAUAGAAACCACGACUAUGGCUAAUUUCUACUCUCAGGUGAAGAAAACCUACAGUCAUGGCACAUACAGAGCUGGGGCCAUGAGACAGAUUAGCCUGGUGGGAGCUGUGGACGAGGAGGUCGGCAAUUAUUUCCCAGAAUUCCUCAGCAUGCUGGAAGAGUCACCUUUCCUCAAGAGGACUCUUCCAUGGGGAACGUUUUCCAGUCUGAGGCUGAUGAGUCCCACAGAGAGCGACGACGGUCCUAUAAUGUGGGUCAGACCAGGAGAGCAGAUGAUACCUGUAGCUGAUAUACCAAAGUCUCCUUUUAAAAGAAAACGCUCCGCAAAUGAGGUGAAGAACCUGCUUCAGUCCCUGCCCAGGACCAGCGAGCCCAGAGAGAUGCUGUUCGAGGAUCGGACGCGAGCCCACGCCGAUCACAUCGGACAGGGUUUCGAGCGCCAAACCACAGCGGCCGUGGGGGUGCUGAAGGCCGUAUGCUCCGUAGAAAGCUUGGAGCCUCCUCGUGUAACCAAAGAUGUUGUGUGUUUCCACGCUGGUGAUUUCCCUUAUGUAGUUCAGAGGCUGCAGUUGGACUUACAUGAACCCCCGCUGUCUCAGUGUGUGCAGUGGGUGGACGACGCCAAACUAAACCAGCUGCGGCGGGAAGGCAUUCGUUAUGCUCGCAUCCGCCUGUGCCACGAUGACAUCUACUUCAUCCCCCGCAAUGUGGUCCACCAGUUCAAGACAGUUUCUGCUGUCUGCAGCCUGGCAUGGCAUGUCCGCCUCCUGCAGUACCACAAGGGAGAAGGGGGGGAGGAGGAGCAGAAGGAGAAGGUUGAGCUGAAAGUGGAAGAGACUGAAUCGGUUUUUGAAGGGGAAAAGGAGGAUGAGAAGAAGAGGAUAAAGGAGGAGGAUGUUGAGGUUGAGGUGGCAGAAAGCAGGUCUUCCCCUCUGCCAGCUUCCUCUUCAUCCCUGACGAGUGUCAAGCCUGCAGUGGAAUCUCUUCUCUCCACGCUUCCUCCUUCUUCUCAGCCUCUUCCUUCCUCGGAGUCAGAUCAACCGAAGGACAAAGACUCGCUCCCCGUCACAGACACACGGACACAGGGGUGGUCACAGGGGUCGCCCACUGUGGAUGUAAAGACACACCCCUCCGAAAUCAACACAUGGACUUACACAGGGAUCGACAUACGGACACAAACACGCCCAGAGGCGCAGACUCACACUUUAGACUCAGACUCCAGGACAUCCGUGGAUUUGCCAAUACAUCCGCCACAGGACGUCUCGAGGCAAGGAAACUACAUGCAGCAAUACACACCCCAGCAUCUCCCACCUCCUCCCCUCCCUCAGAUGCUUCCCCUCUCUUUCUCCCCUCUCCUGCCGCAUUCCCACAUCCCUCACAGACCUCCAGGGCUCCCCCAAAACACCCUCUCCAGUCCUUCCCUUCCCACACAGCCUCAAACGCUAAACUCUUUUCUCACCCAGAAAGCACCGCCACAUUCGGUCCACCUGAGCCCGCUUCACCUGCAUCACCAACCAAAUAUCACCACACAGUCCCAGCCGUACUUCCAGCCCCCACUAAUGGCCUCCCCUCCUCUAAGCUCCCCCCUCACUAACACCCAGUCUCUCUCCCCUCACCUUUCCCAUCCACACCAGUUCGCCAAAACCUUCUUCCCCGCCCAGCAUCCCGGCUUCACCUCCCACCCCUUCCUCCCCCCUCAGCCUUUCCUCUCGCAGCCGCCGGGUGCUUACCCCCUACAACCGCAAUACCAGACCUCAGCAUCCAUGCAGGUUCAGCUCUCCCUGUCACAGUCUUUCCCUCACCCACCUCCUCCUCCACCGCCAUCCUCCUCCCCACACCCCCCUCCUCCCCCGCUUCCUCCUCACCCACCACCUCAACCUCGCCCUGCUGUUUUCCCCCCACCCCCAAACCACGAAGAGGAGCCGAAGCAGAUUUUAUAGUAGUAUUUUGUACGUAAUGAAACUCUUUUUAAAUGACUGUAUACGUAUAAGGUUUCAUUUUGGUUGUGCUGUUGUAAAACAAUGUAAAAUAAAUAACUAAAGAGGGAGAAAGCAGACACAGUAUCAUAGUUUAUCAAGCAGCGUUGGACUCGAUAUAACCCAGACCUCUGGACUGAACUGGCUUAGAUUGUACAGAUGCUUUGGUCGUGCACAGGUUAAAAAGUGUGAUGGAGAAUUCCUUUCAUUUACAGGUAGCUUUGGCCUUUAGCCAUCUGAACUCUGAAGGAGAGAUUAUUCAGGCUCAAAUGAGCCCUGUCGUCUGCCAAACUGCUGUCUGGCACUGGUUUUUUUUGUUUUGUUUUUAAGUGAAGUGAGCAUAAGUCCUUUCAAACAUCAGAUUAUCUGUGAGCCUGUCAGAUGUAGGAAGAGAAGAUUUCUCCAGACUUGUGUCAGAUAUUUAUAUAAAUAUAGAAUAAAGGUUGUAAGUGUGGCCUUUUUGUGAAACUUGCAGCUAAUGCUUCCAUUUUUGUGGCUUUUUUUUUCUCGUAUGUUCUCCGUGCCCAAGACUGUUUCUGAAAUAAUGAUGGAUCACCGCUGGUGUAUUGAUUUAAUGUUCCUACACUUCAUUACUGUACUGUACUAUACAGUCUAUCACAGUACUUUUCCCUAAUAUUGUAUUUAGAGCUAUAAUGUUGCUGUAGUUUUUUUAAUGCUACUCAACAUUAUCUGAGCUCCAGCAUGCAGUAGAACUGCAUUCAGUCAGGCCACUAAGAGUCACAUUUUCAAAGUACUGAGGUUGUCCUGUGCUGGCUGCCCUUAACGCCACAGUGGGCUCUUUGUGUAAUUUUGCUGCUUUUCUUUUUUUGUUUUUCGCCCGUCUCCUGGAUGUGUGCCAGGGUUUCCUAAUUUUGAGAACAAGUUUUGUGAACAAACUCGACCCAGGGCCUCCAGAAGUCUCAGGAAAACGCAUUCAGGGCACAUCCUGAACCUCGAAUUUUAUCCCCUUAACCGGAUCUGUGUGUUUUAUUAACAAGCAGCUACGAUGACAGCUCACUGUGAGCUAGGAUUCAAAGAGCAAUAUCAUACAGAUGCAGCAUAGCCAAGACAUCCCAAACGUGACUCACCACAGCAGUUUUAGUGCGUGUGAAAAUGCAGUUGGUAUUAUUGUGGAAACUUUGAGUCGAGACUUGCAGAUUCCAUUAGAUUAUCCACAGAGCAAUUUCAGGUUCUUCCAAGACUGUAACUUCAGUGCAUUCAGGCUCACUUUUUAUUUAUUUUUUUUAAUUUACACUUCGAAAACAGACGGUACGCUGUCAAGAGCUUGUUUCCAAAGCACUAUUUAUCUAUUUACCUGAAGUCUGCUUUCUCUACAGUGUGGAGUCUAUGAAAUGUUUUAUUUAUGAACCACAGACUGAAGUGUUUAAAAGUACAGUAAAUUAUUUUAUGUGGAAUUUUUAGCAGCGCCUAUGAAGAAUAUAUGUUUCUCCAAAUAUCUGAUCAUGAGAGUCUGUCUCGGUGCAUGUCACAGAGUUGUAUAUCUUUGUUGGUGUCUUGAUUUUGUUUCGUCUUUUUUGUUUUUUACUAUCGAUAUUGCUAAUGUAGCCCACAUUUCCCCAGUGCCUGUCCUUAACUGUGAAAUACUAAAUGGUCCAGAGACAUACAGUGAAGGGGUCUUAGUUUUAACUGGAAAAUCAGAGCAAAGCCUUAAAUUGGUGUCUAAAGCCGCUGAAAGCUCUCCAAACAUCU